UGCUGAGACUGACGAAAUACCACCAGUCACGCAAGCUCCGGAAACUUCUUUUCUGUAUCCCCAACCCAAAUGAGGCCUAGUGCUGUGGCUUUUCUUUUCCGUUUAAACCCCAAAGAGGCCUAAACUGUUCACAUCGACUUCAGGGGCUGACUUGUUGCCAAUUUAAGAAACCAGAAACUCUGGUGAUGACCUCGCAACAUGAGCUGGCUUCUGGCCCGGGAACUUCGCCCUUGUGCUUCGUGCCAAGCAUUCGCUCCCUGUAUGAUUCUGUCAGUGGAGGAGGAGAAGGAGACGGCACUACUGCUGGCCAGGAAGGAGCCAUGGCUGCUGUAUUCCUCCCAGGAAACCUUCAAGAUGAAGCCAUCUGCUCGGUCUGCCUGGAGUACUUCAAAGACCCCGUGUCCAUCGAGUGCGGCCACAACUUCUGCCGGGCCUGCAUCGCCAAGAGUUGGAAAAGCCUGGAGGCUGAUUUCCCCUGUCCUCAGUGCAGGGAGGUUUUCAAGGAGAAGAACUUCAGGCCCAACCGACAGCUGGCCAACAUGUCCGAGAUCAUCAGCCAGUUCAUCUUCCGCGGCGGGAAGGGCCUCGAGGAAGACGGCCUCUGCGAGAAGCACAAGGAGGCCCUGAAGCUCUACUGCAAAGAUGACCAGAAGACCAUCUGCGUGGUGUGUGACCGGUCAAGGGACCACAGGCCUCACAGCGUGGUGCCCAUAGAAGAGGCAGCCCAGGAAUACAAGGAACAAAUUCAGACCCGUUUGGAUUUCUUGAAAAAAGAGAGACAAGAGCUCCUGGAAUUCAAGACACAGGAUGACAAGAAAAGUCAAGAUCUCUUAAAAACUAUAGAGGUGGAGAGGCAGAAGGUCCUUUCUGAAUUUGAGGGGCUGCGUCAGUUUCUGCAUGAGCAAGAGCAGCUCCUGCUGAGUCAGCUGGACAAGAUGGAGAAAGGCAUCACCAAGAGGCAGAAUGAAAACAUCACUGAGCUCUCCAGGGAGAUUUCGCUCCUCAACAAGCUGAUUGCUGACCUGGAGGAGAAGAUCCAAGAGCCUGUGCUCGAUUUCCUCAAGGAUGUGGAAAAUGCCCUUAUCAGGAGUGACAAUCUUAAAUGUCCGAAGCCCAUCCCUGUUUCUUCUGACAUGAAGGGUCAUAUCUGCAAUUUCUCUCUGAAGACCGUGGUCCUCAAGGCAGCACUAAAGAAAUUCAAAGAAAAUCUGCGGGAUGAAUUGGGGAAAGGCGAGAAAGAGGAAUUGCUCCUGGAUGUAGAGACGGCCAACCACCUCCUUAUGCUUUCCGCUGACCUGAAGACUGUGAGGAUGGGCUGCAGGAAGCAAGAUCUACCCGACAGCCCCAAACGCUUUGACACCAACUCCCGAGUCCUGGCCACGGAGGGUUUCAAGACGGGGAGGCAUUACUGGGAGGUGGAGGUGGGGUCCGCGGAUGGCUGGGCCUUCGGGGUGGCCAAGGAAUCGGUGCGGAGGAAAGGGUUGACUCAGUUUUGUCCCGAAGAGGGUAUCUGGGCAAUGCAGCAAAACAGCGGGCGGUACUGGGCAGUCACCACCCCUCAGCGCACCCCGAUUUUCCUGCCUGAGAGGCUCAGCAAAGUUAGAAUCUACUUAGACUAUGAAGGGGAAGAGGUGUCCUUCUACAACGCGGACAACAUGCAGCACAUUUUCACCUUUAACGUCUCCUUCACGGAGAGGGUGUUUCCGCUCUUCUCGGUUUGCUCCACUGUCACAUACAUUAAACUGUGUUCUUGAAACGGAUAGGCUUCUUAGUUGGAGGUAGGGGUCAGCUAUGUACUGUAUGCACACGUGGCAAAUUAUUGCUUGCCAAGACCUCGCUGGUGGUAGUGACCACCGAGUGUCUAGUUGCAUGGCCAGGGACGUAGUGGAGCUGAGGGUCACAGGGAUGAAGCUCCUGUUUUGGAUUAGCAGGGGAUGCUGACGUCAUCUGCCACCCCCCUCUCGGGCUUCCCGGCAAUCCUCACACUAGCUGGAGAGCGGUGGGGAUGUAUGUAUAUAUCAACAAUAUGUUAUUGUGAACCAGUGGGGGCUGGUGGCUCCCAUGUCGGUGUAGUGGUGAAUCUGUUCUGGGUUUCUGUCACAGCCAGUCAGAACUUAAAGGAAGCACAUUGGAUAAUUCCUUUACAGUUCUGAUUGGUACUGACUGAAACCUGGAGCAGAUUC